UUGAAGGCGAUAAAGCGCUCAUUAAUGGUAGAAAGUGCGUGGCGCCGGCCUCUUACACGUGCAAGCAGCCAUCUUGGUACACCCUGCCCGGGCAUCUCAGCAGCCACCCAUCACAGAGAGUCGGCAAGGAGCCCUAUACACCGGCGCUAUUGCUGCACAUUACCUGUAGGAAAGGGACAGAAUACAGCCCACAGCAUAACGGGUGUAGCAGAGCUGCAUUGUGUACUACGUGACGUCAUUGCUGGGCUCUACCCGGGCGCUGUGCUCUGACGUCAUCGCACGCAGACAGCAGGGUCAGGCGCAUGUGCCAGGGAGAGAGAAUCAGCAGCAGCUUGUGCCUGUAGCCACCAUAUGCAGCAGCAGAGUGUGAUAGUCCGGACUGAGCACAUCCUGACCAGGCAGCGCCAUCAUGGGGAAGAAGCAGAAGAGCAAGGCAGAGGAGAGUGGCAAAGACGAUGUUGAUCUCGAUGCACUUGCUGCAGAAAUAGAGGGAGCUGGAGCUUCCAAGGAGCAAAAGGGAAAAGGCAAAAAGAAGAAGGACAAGAAGAGGCAAGACUUUGAUGAAGAUGAUAUUCUCAAAGAGCUCGAGGAACUGUCCUUAGACGUGCAAGGAGGGAAAGCCAAUAAAGACUCUGUACCUAAGAAAGCAGAAGUUGAAGAAUCUGAGGCUGUCCCCUUGGAGCAGGAUAAGAAAAAGAAAGGACAAAAGGGCAAGAAAGGCAGUUUUGAGGAUAAUGAGGACAAUAGUGAUGAAAUGGAAAGCAAGAGCUCAAAACCCAAAAAAGAAAAGCCCAAAAAUCUGUCUGAGAGUGAUGAUGAUGAUGAUGAUGAUCAUCACUUUAAUACGACCGCUAAGAAAGGCAAGGGCAAACAUGACGCCACCAGUAAAAAAGCUUUCCCUACCGAGGAAGCUAAGGAUCAUGUUAAGGAGAAAGCAGACUUUCCGGGGGACAGCGAGGAUGAGUCGGACGAGUUUAGUUAUGGUAAGAAAGGCAAGAAGAAAGAGCAGAAGGCCAAACCCAUAGCUAAAGUAGAAAGUGGAGACGAGGAUGGCGAGUUCAAAAUGAAGACUGCUGCUCAGAAGAAGGCAGAAAAAAAAGAACGAGAGCGGAAGAAGCGAGAGGAGGAAAAGACCAAACUGAAGAAACAGAAGGAGAGAGAUGAGACUGAAGGUGUCACGAAAGAACCUGUAAAAUCUGCUGUGCCUGACAUAGUACCAGAUGAUGUGGCUGCUCCCAAAAAGGAGAAAAAGCCUGCAGUGGAAUUAGAGGCUGCAGAAGUGGAAGGAGAAGAUGAUGAUGGUGACAAAAAGAAAAAAGAUAAAAAGAAGAAAAAGGGGGAGAAGGAAGAGAAAGAGAAGAAGAAGAAAGGACCCAGUUCAGCUACUGUAAAAGCCAUGCAGGAAGCUCUGGCCAAAAUGAAGGAGGAGGAGGAGCGGCUUAAAAGAGAAGAGGAGGAGAGGAUGAGAAGGCUAGAGGAGAUGGAAGCAAAGCGCCUGGAAGAGGAACGAUUAGAACAAGAACGUAAAGAAAAGAAGAAGCAGAAAGAGAAGGAAAGAAAAGAACGUUUGAAAAAAGAAGGGAAACUGCUGACCAAAGCGCAGAAAGAGGCCAGGGCUCGGGCUGUGGCUACUCUUAAGGUUCUGCAAGCGCAGGGCGUUGAAGUGCCAUCUAAAGAUUCUGUGCCGAAGAAAAAGCCGAUCUAUGAAGACAAAAAGAAAAAGAAGCCCCAACAGCAGAUACAGAAUAAGGAAGAGCCAAUAGAGGCCAGUUCUCCAGUUGAUGAUAUUCCAGAAUCCCCAUUGCCAGAGAAAGAGAAAGAAGAGCCCCUCGUGUCUGAAGAGCCUUCUGAGAUGCUUUUUCCGGAUGAUGAAAUUUUGCAGGAUAGUGGUACAGAUAAAGAAGAAAACAAAGAUGACAUCGGUGUGGAUGAUUGGGAAGCUAGAAUCAGCGAUGAAGAAGGAGAGAGAGAAGCAAAAACUGUCCACAUAGAAGUUCAGGAAAAAAGCGAGGAAGAGGGGGAAGAUGAGGAUGACGAUGAGGAGGAUGAAGCAGAAAGUGAGGAAGAGGAUGAUGAAGAUGGGGGGAGCAGUGACGAUGAGAAGUCUUUGGAAGAAAAGCCAUCAGAGUCUCGUUCUGUUGGAUCCAAACAAGCAGAGAGAAAGUCCAUUAAAGAGCUGAGUUCUGAGUCCGAGUCGGAUUCUGAUGAUGAUCGCACUAAAGAUGAGCGACUCUAUGAUAAAGCAAAGAAGCGAAUUGAGAAACGGCGCAUUGAAAACCAGAAAACUAUAAACACACAAAUUCUGCGUUCACCAGUCAUAUGUGUGCUUGGGCAUGUAGAUACUGGGAAGACAAAGAUCCUUGAUAAGUUGCGUCAUACUCAUGUACAAGACGGUGAAGCUGGAGGUAUCACUCAGCAGAUAGGGGCAACCAAUGUCCCUCUAGAUGCUAUACAGGAACAGACUAAAAUGAUCAAAACUAUUGACAGGGAGAACAUAAAGAUUCCAGGCAUGCUGAUCAUCGAUACUCCUGGUCACGAGUCCUUCAGUAACCUGAGGAACCGUGGAAGCUCACUGUGUGACAUUGCCAUCCUUGUGGUGGAUAUCAUGCAUGGCUUGGAGCCGCAGACCAUUGAAUCAUUGAACUUAUUGAAGAAUAAGAAGUGUCCUUUUAUUGUGGCUCUAAAUAAAAUUGACAGGUUGUAUGACUGGAAGAAGAGUCCAGAGACUGAUGUAGCUGCCACGUUGAAGAAACAAAAGAAAAAUACAAAAGAUGAGUUUGAGGAACGCACCAAGGCUGUUAUUGUUGAAUUUGCACAACAGGGCUUGAAUGCAGCUUUAUUUCAUGAAAAUAAAGAUCCGCGCACAUUUGUGUCUAUGGUUCCUACCUCGGCUCAUACUGGAGAUGGCAUGGGGAAUCUGAUUGGCCUUCUGGUUGAGCUCACACAGACCUUGCUCAGUAAGAGGCUGGCUCAUUCAGAAGAGCUGAGAGCCCAAGUAAUGGAGGUAAAAGCUCUACCAGGCAUGGGUACAACCAUUGAUGUGAUCCUAAUCAAUGGCCGUCUAAAAGAAGGGGACACUCUUAUAGUACCAGGUGUAGAGGGUCCUAUUGUAACGCAAAUCCGAGGGCUUUUGCUACCUCCUCCAAUGAAAGAACUAAGAGUAAAGAAUCAGUAUGAGAAGCACAAGGAGGUUCUAGCUGCGCAGGGAGUGAAGAUCCUGGGUAAGGACUUGGAGAAAGCACUGGCUGGCUUACCUUUAUUAGUUGCUCAUAAAGACGAUGAGAUUCCAGUCCUAAAAGAUGAACUCAUCCAUGAACUGAAGCAGACUCUAAAUGCCAUCAAAUUGGAAGAGAAAGGAGUUUAUGUACAAGCAUCCACAUUGGGCUCCUUGGAAGCGCUACUUGAAUUUUUGAAAACCUCAGAAGUGCCAUAUGCUGGAAUUAAUAUAGGACCUGUGCACAAAAAAGAUGUGAUGAAAGCCUCUGUAAUGUUGGAACAUGAUCCUCAGUAUUCUGUGAUUUUAGCUUUUGAUGUGAGAAUCGAAAGAGAAGCUCAGGAAAUGGCUGACAGUUUGGGCGUUCGGGUUUUUAGUGCUGAAAUCAUCUAUCACUUGUUUGAUGCCUUCACCAAAUACAGGCAGGAUUACAAGAAACAGAAGCAAGAAGAGUUUAAGCAUAUAGCUGUAUUUCCGUGUAAAAUUAGAAUCCUCCCUCAGUUUAUCUUUAACUCUCGGGAUCCCAUUGUCAUGGGAGUGGUUGUGGAAGCCGGCCAAGUGAAACAGGGAACUCCUUUAUGUGUCCCGACUAAGAGUUUUGUAGAUAUUGGAAUAGUUACCAGUAUUGAAAUUAACCACAAGCCUGUAGAUUCAGCCAAAAAGGGCCAAGAAGUCUGCAUAAAGAUAGAGCCUAUCCCUGGGGAGUCUCCAAAGAUGUAUGGAAGGCACUUUGAGUCUACAGACUUUCUUGUUAGCAAGAUCAAUCGGCAAUCUAUUGAUGCCUUGAAGAACUGGUUUAGAGAUGAGAUGCUGAAAACAGACUGGCAACUUAUAGUUGAACUGAAAAAAGUGUUUGAAAUCAUCUAAAGCUUUUUCAAUACUGGAACUCGUGCCAGAGGAUGAAUUAUAACUUUGUAAACAAUAAGAAGUGUUGCAACGGAAGAAACCGGAGACUGAACCUGUGGUUUGGAAGAAGAAGAAAAAAAUAGUUUAAAUUGUUUUCCAUGAGAAACCAAGAAAUUUACACUGGUUUGACAGUGCUCAAUUUUACACAUCCCCACAGUUCCAAUGUGCCUGCCCGCCUUCUGUCUACACCACUCAGAUACUGGCUUCUGUUUUAAAAGAAAAAAAUUGUCCUGUUUUAUUACAGCUUCUAUCAAUUUUUUACUUGUAAGAUUGUUGCUGCGACAUUGAUUUUCUGCAGCCUAUACACCUGGAUCUUAUGAUGUAAAAACAAUAAGUCCUUAUUUAUGCUGACACUCUCCCAGCACUGUACUUUAUCCAUUGGUUUUUUUUUUUUGCUUUGUGCCUGCAGAGGUAUUUUUAUGAUCAUCAAUUAUUUCUCUGCUUUCUGUAAAAUGGUGAUGUAAAAUGUACUUUGAGCAGCAUUUCCGUGCUUGUACAGUUCUUGCCAACAAGUUCCACUGUAAUCAUUACACACAGAGCCAGAAAUAAAGUACAUGGGCAAAGCUGUGUCUUGCCAUUAUUUUAUGGACCAA